AUGUCAAACCAACUAGCCUACCCGGUCCCCUCAAGACUGACUGUGCUAGUACAACAAGCUAGGUCCGAGACGGAACACGUGCUCGAUACCGAAUUUGUUCGCACGGCUUCAGAAUCUUCUACCGGGGUGGCCAACGGGAUUGUUGCACCUUUAAACUCUGGAAUAAUAAAUACUGCAGGCCGACCAAAACUUCUUGAUCACCAUACUUAUACAGCCCAUAGAUUGCUUAGUUCAACACCUGCACAAAUGGAUAAAGAUAGUGCAGUGGUGGCCAUUGGACCAGUUCCUGAUGAAUGGGCAUCUAGAGAACCAAGUGCGCGCAAACGGCGACUUGCAGUUCUUAGGAAAACACUGGCUAAAACUAGUCCUGCUUGGCAAUUUGCUCUAGAAGGUGUGCGUAGCAAAAUGUCAGGGAAAAGAGAUCACCCUGGAGGUGCAGGUGCUCAAAGGGCUCUUGUAGAUGAAAUUAACCAACGACUACUUACAGACAUGUCGGACGAAAUGUCGCAAUUGCACCAAUUGGAACAGCAACUACAGCAGCGACAACAAGAGCAACAAGGGCAAGAGCAACAGCAACAAGAGCAACAAGGGCAAGAGCAGCAAGAACAAGAACAAGAACAAUCUCAAGAUCUAAGUUCAACUAAUCAGAGCUCUCCAAACCUUUAUCGUACCUUUUCUAAUACAUCUGCACGUUCAAGAGCAUCGUCCCGUGAACGUAUUCGACUUCGGCGAGCUUCCACUUUUGCCAAAUUAUCAUCCGAUGAAGGAUUAGACUCUGUGGCCCCAAUCAAGAGCAGUAUUAACCAUGAAAUUCAUGAUGACCAGUCUUCCGUGGUGGCGUCUUUGGAUGACCAACUUAAAACCCAUGCGCAACCUAAACCAGUCUUUGUUAAACCACUACCUGGCUUAGCAGAACGUACACUGAAAUCAUUAGCGUCUCAGCCUUCCCCGGCUUCUCAAUACCUCUCCGUCAUCCGGGACAGAUAUACAAUCGACUCACUCUUGCAAGAACAUCAGAACGAACAGCAGGAAGAAGAUCAGCAUCAGCAUCAGCAUCAGCAUCAGCAUCAACAUCAACAUCAACAUCAACAUCAACAUCAACAUCAACAAAAAUCACCAUUAUCAUUCCCAUUUUUACCACCACUACAACCACCACCACAACCACAACCAUCAUCAUCAUCAACAUCAUCAUCAUCACUACCAAAUAUCCCCUCAACUGAAUCUUCGGCUGCACCAUCCUUUGUCACGGCCCGUGAACGUGACUCUGGAAGCUCAAUGCAUAGUCCAAGGUUGGAUUCAGAGAGCUCAAUGCGUAGUCCAGGGUUUGUCCAUUUCGAACGGCCUCGGUACCCUUCUAUUCUUAGUACAAACACAACAAGUACUCACCGAUUAUCCACUGCAUCUUUUGAUUCAUUUGCAACUGCAAGUAAUGGUCUAAAUACACCUGGUUCUCCAACAGAAUCUCUAGGCCCAUUAGACCUUCCAAGCACUCCAUCAAACCCCCUAGACCCCACAAGAUCUCCAUCACUAGACCCAUUGGCCUCUACGGCUUCUUCCUUAUCCACUAUUAGACCUCCCAAACGCAUUCUUCUUGAUGAAGUCAGCCGUCUUAGAUACAUUUUUGAUGACCCAGAACCUGAAGAUUUACCCACCAUUUCUGUCAACAUGGCCAAAUUCUUAUCUACAAAAACCCCACAUGAAGCAAUCCGCUUGGAAAACAUGCUGGUCCUCAUCAAAUCAUCUGUCCAAUUCCCUCCACAAGACUUUGGUGAAGUAGAAUCAGUCGAUACACGAGUAUUGGAACGCUGGAAAGAGUAUAUUGUGGUUUGUCGCAGCACGGGCUCAGCACAUGCCCCUGUGCGCGUCCAGUUUUACACGACCCGUACAAUUCCAUUAGUUGAUUCCACGCCGGCAUCUAAGUUUGAUUUCAGCAUUACACCGAAAACUCACGCAAAGUUUUAUUCAAAUCUUGACAAAACUGUGGCUGUAUGGACUCCUCCAGAAGACUUAAAUAAACCAACAAUUAUUUACAUUUUCCGGGCGCGCACCCAUGAGCUUUCAAUUAAAUUAUUGGCAUUUUUUACAAAAGUUUUGGGUGUUGUUCCUCCUGCACGAACUACAGUGACUGUUCCUGAUCUAUCACUCAAGGUAGACGUGGCCAUCCCUUGGAAAUCGAUUCUACAAUAUAACUUGUCUUAUGCAAAGAACUUGAGAUCACCAGCAAAACUUACAUACCCGGAACUUAAAUCUACACUUGCACGUGCGGCACCUGUGAUUGUUUUUUUGCUGGCUGCAAUUACACAGAAAAUUGUUUCAAUUGAACAGCUCCGUGAUGACUUUGUAGCUAUGAUUACUGCGCAAAAAGUCGGGCUGGUGUGGCGGCGUUAUGACCGAUUAGAGUGGGUCCGUGAGUUGACUGAUUCAUCAGUACAAACUGGGUGGGUGCUUAACAAUACACAUGACUUGGAGCUGAGACCAAAGGCUCCGUACCCUACUUCGGUCACUUUUGAGGAUGGCACACGGAUGGAUGAACCGACUCCAGUGGAGGGGUUUUUAUUGAGGUUAUCUAGGUGGAAUGGCAAGAUGGGCAAACAAAAGGUACACAAGUUAUUUUUCAAAAAGUUAUAUUUCCAUACCCAUGAAAAUUAUAUUUUCUUUUCCAAACCCAACCGGGCAGUGCCACCGUGGUGUGAAGAUGACAACCCUGGAUUAAUUUACGAAACAAGGCCGUACCGGACAGACAGCGAAGAGGAAAUUGAGUGGUUGAAUAGCCCAACAGCGGAUGCAGAAGGUGCAGCACAGAGAGACAAGCUUGCUUUGUAUGAGGUACAACGGCGGGUUUCAAUGAUUGUAGGGGCUGACGGGUUUGUGGAUAUGUGUGAAGUGGAUGAGGUGCGUCGAGUUUUACGGGAUGGAGAUGAUUCACAAUUGGGUCGGUCGUGCAGUGUAGCAUUUAAUGAGGCCGAGUCUGGGCAAGUGGAUGGGUUUGAAGACGAGACCGUUUUUGAGAUUGUGAUGGGGAGUGGAGUGGUAAUAAGAUUACAGGCAGUAAACCAAGUUGCACGGGACGCAUGGGUGCAAAGGCUGGCCGCGCUGGCGCGGUACUGGCGACGGCGGGUUUAUGAGGAUGUUGCAUUACUGAAUAUGGUUAGGCAGACCAAUUUAGUCCAGUUGCAUAUUGAUGAGGACCAUGAGCCGUAUGUUGGCGAGGCGAGUCCCAAGUGGGAAACAUCUGCUGGGAUUGCACAUCCGGCGGUGUUUCAUGUAUCAAGAUUAUCAUGGGCGAGGUCAAUUGCAUUGCACGGGAUGUUAUACCAAAAAAUAAGCAAGCAUGCAACGUUCCGACGAUACCAUGUAGUGUUGACGCAUGGGUACGUGGUGUUGUAUGAUGCCUAUGCACGAGAUUCAUAUGGUGGGGCCAAGAGACGAGCUGAUCAUCGGCGACAUCAAGCAUUUGCUUUAAACAGUUGUUAUGUUUAUUCAGGGAAUGUUGCACAGACAGAGUUAUUGUUACGGGACCGGUGGUUAGAUGUGAGUCGUCCAGGGACACACAGUGUGCCGCGGGUAUAUCCAGACGGAUGGCGGUCAUGUGAGGAGGAAGCAAGUCGAUGUUUUGUUUUGUGGUUCCCGACGAAGCGGUUGAUUGUUGAUAAAGAUGGUGGGAGAGGUGGUGGGGAAGGUGAAGCAGGUGGUAGUGGAAGUGGUAGUGUUGGUGGUGGGACGGAUGUAAAAAUGGCGAACCGGUUGGGAGUAGCAGGGAUAUCUAUGGUAUUUUUGGCAAGGUCCCGACAGGAGCGAGAUAUUUGGGUAGUUGCACUUAAUACUGAGAUUGAAAGGCUUGUUGAGACAUCUACGGAGGACAUUUUUGUUGAGCGAUAA